AUGGGGAAGUACACGCGAGGGUGCUGCGGCUGGCUGAUCGUGGCGCUGAUUGCGGCGCUGGUGGCCACGGCGGCGAUGUUCGCCAUCAUGAAGCGCAAGCCAGGGGGGCGCCACAUCAAGCCGCUCCCGGUGCCGGGGCCGCCGGGGGCCAUCGACUCCAAGUACGGCGACGCGCUCGGGGUCGCGCUCCAGUUCUUCCAGGUCCAGAAGGCGGGGAAGCUUGAGAACAACCAGAUCCCGUGGCGUGGGGACUCGGCACUUACCGAUGGGAAGGAAGCGGGACUGGAUCUUUCCAAGGGAAUGUAUGAUGCUGGGGAUCAUAUGAAGUUCACCUUCCCGAUGGCAUUCACGGCAACGGUGCUCUCGUGGUCGGUGCUGGAGUACGGGGAUCAGAUGAGCGCCGCAAAGCAACUGGACCCUGCCCUCGAUGCGCUGAAGUGGAUUACUGAUUUCCUUAUCGCUGCACAUCCUUCUGACAAUGUGUUGUAUAUUCAGGUUGGUGAUCCUGAUCUGGACCACAAUUGCUGGGAAAGGCCGGAAACAAUGACCGAGAAAAGACCUCUCACACAGAUUAACAAGAAGUCUCCCGGGUCAGAUGUUGCUGCUGAGGCAGCAGCAGCCAUGGCAGCUGCUUCAAUGGUCUUCAAAUCCAGAGAUACUACAUAUUCUGAUGUGCUUCUUCAACAUGCCCAGAAGCUAUUUACUUUUGCUGAUACUUAUAGAGGCCUCUCAAGUGAGAGCUAUCCAAAGCUCCAAGACUUCUAUAAUUCCACCAGUUAUGUUGAUGAACUUCUAUGGGCAGCAAGUUGGCUCUAUCAUGCCACAGGCGACCAGACAUAUCUCAGUUAUGUAACUGUACAGAAUGGGAAAACUUAUGCUGAUUGGGGAAGGCCAACAUGGUUCAGUUGGGAUGACAAAAAUCCAGGCACACAGGUCCUUUUGUCCAGACUAAAUUUCUUUGGCUCCAAACAGAUAUCUAAUGCUGAAAAUGAGGGGUUAAAAAGUUAUAGAGAUACUGCAGAAGCUGUCAUUUGUGGUCUGAUUCCAGAUUCCCCUCAAGCCACUGCUAGCAGAACUGGGGGAGGGUUGGUGUGGAUAAGUGGGUGGAAUUCUCUCCAGCAUGCCACCAAUGCUGCAUUCCUAGCUGUUGUGUACAGUGACUACAUGCUCUCCACACGGACAGCGGCAGUGCAGUGCAGUGGAAAGUACUACAGCCCUACCGAUAUACGCAAUUUUGCUGCAUCACAGGCUAAUUAUAUCUUGGGAGACAACCCAAUGAAGCUUAGCUACCUUGUUGGAUAUGGGAGCAGCUAUCCACAGCAAGUACAUCACAGAGGAGCGUCCAUCCCCGCAGAUGCGAAAACAGGCUGCAAAGGAUUCCAGUAUCUCCAUUCACCCGAUCCAAACCCAAAUGUUGCAAUGGGCGCCCUGGUGGGUGGGCCAUUCCAGAAUGACACUUUCGUCGAUUCUCGUGACAAUGCUGUACAGACGGAGUCCAGCACCUACAACAGUGGCACCCUAGUCGGUCUGCUCUCCGGUCUCGUCACCACUUCCUCCGUGAUUGGCAUUAGGGUACGCCUAUCCGGCGUACGACUGCUACAAGACGCUGGAACUGAACGCGCACGCACCGCAGAUGGAACGGCUGCGGUUCUGGUGCCAGUACUGGUUGUGAAACCAUUUUCCAUUUUAUGGUCACCACCCCAGGGCGCGAGUCACGUCUACGACGACUACCUCCGUCCGUUCCUGGCGGCGCACGAGGCGGACAUAGCCGCGGACGCGACGGCGUCGCACCUCCAGGCGGCCGUGGCCCUCGGGCGGCCGUGUCUGUCCCGCCGCGUUUCGUCGCAGCUGCUGGCGGCCACAAGUCGUCCGGCCGGGGCCGAGCAGGCACAGUGA